ACUUGAUCUCCUCCCUGCUGCCCAGACCUUGUUCUCAGUCGUCCGACGUUCUUGGCCAAUCCACCAUAUCUUGGAUGUCACCGGCCGCCGGCCGCCGAACUCGUGAAUGCAACAGCACCUUCCUUCAUGAGCGUUGUUUAGACUCUAUGGUGAGGUGUCUUGGUUAUUGACGUCUUUCGGAUGCAUAUAUAGUAAUCAGCAGUUGAUCAAGGAACUGUGAGAUUCUACUAAUUACUCAGGCCCUCGAACCUGGGGACAUCGUCGAUCUCGAUAGUUCCGCUCAAUCGCAAAGAAACUGGGGGACGGUAGCCACAUCAACUCGUCCAAAGUUUAUAAGCUCUCUAUUGGUUUCGGAUCGUCUUCUUCUGCUGUAAAGCCUGUCUUUCGAGGCCAUAAGUUCAGCGUUCACUUCAGCGAUCAUCGUGCCACGUCAAGUAACAGUAACAACAAUACCUACUCUUAUCUCAGUCAUGGCCAACACCAACGGGGAUAACGCCACGAGUCCUCUCACCAUAACAGACUGGAAAAAUGCACAACUUUCCGGCAAUGGACUUGAACGCCUCUACUCCCUUGUGGAGGCAGAGCAAAAAACAAAUGCAACUACUCGAGCCUGGAUCUCUCUCGCUACUAGGCAACAGCUUGAGGAUCAAUGGAAUCGACUUCAAUCACUUGGGCCUGCUGCCGAAUCUCUCCCACUUUACGGUGUUCCCUUUGCAGCAAAGGACAACAUCGACUGUGAAGGAUUCAUUACAACCGCCGGAUGUCCAUCUUUCAGUUCCGACCUUGCCCCCUCAGACGCACCUGUCGUCGCGAACAUGAAAGCGGCCGGCGCCAUCAUCGUUGGAAAGACGAACCUGGACCAAUUUGCGACUGGCCUCGUCGGCACACGGUCGCCCUAUGGUGCGGUGCCGAAUUCAUUCGACCCUGCUCGAGUCAGUGGUGGCUCCAGCUCCGGAAGUGGCGUGGUCGUCGCUCGAGGUGCUGUGCCAUUCUCCUUUGGUACUGACACGGCUGGUUCCGGUCGUGUCCCAGCGGGCUUCAAUAACGUCAUCGGUCUUAAGCCUACACGCGGAGCCCUUAGCGCUCGAGGUGUAGUCCCAGCUUGCAGGACCUUGGAUUGCGUUUCAAUAUUCACCCUGAAUGUCGCGGAUGCGGAGACAGUAUUGUCAGUGGCCGAGAGUUUUGAUGUUGAGGAUUCGUAUUCCCGCCCGCGUCCGGAUGCAAUUUCGAUGCUUGUAUCGAGUGGCUUCGGAACAAGGAGUCCUGGAACAGUCCCGUCAUUAGCUAUCUGUUCCAAGCCAGAUUGGUUCGGCCGUGACGAUCACUCCAAACCAUAUGAAGAGGCCCUGGAGAAAGCAAAGGCUCUCGGUUGGAACCUGGUUCCUGUCGAUUUCAAGAUGCUGUUCCAGCUCGCAGAGCUCCUUUACUCAGGCCCUUGGGUCGCCGAGCGUUACGAAGCGAUCAGAGACUUUAUUGAGAGUGUUCCUGAAGAUGCAAUGGAUCCUGUUGUGCGACGCAUCGUCAUCAGAGCUCAAACUCUUUCGGCAGCCGAUGUAUUUGCGGGUGAAUAUCUCCGACAGGAUCUUACUCGCCAGAUCCAACUCGCGUUCAAGGACUUUGAUGGCAUCUUCGUCCCCACUACCCCGACUUUUCCGACGAUGGAGGAGCUAGAGCAGAAGCCAAUCGAAGAGAACUCUUAUCUCGGAACGUAUACAAAUUUUGUCAACUUCCUUGAUUGGUCAGCAUUAUCAAUACCUGCUGGAUUCAGACCGGAUGGACUCCCCUUUGGCAUUACGUUGAUCUCCAACAAUUGGCAGGAACCUCAGCUUCUUCGCUGGGCCCACCAGUGGUUUUCGGACGAGGUGAGGACUCUGGGAGCUACUGGUGUUGAGCGCCGGGAGACACCCAUGGCUGAAUCGACCACGCCAUCGGGAUAUGUUCCGGUCGCAGUAGUUGGCGCGCACCUCACCGGAUUUCCUCUCAACAAGGACCUCGUAUCUCGCGGCGCGGAGCUUCUCAGUACGACAACAACAUCGAAGAACUAUCGUUUAUUUGCUCUGAACUCGACGUCGGGACCCAAGAAACCUGGCUUGCAGAGAGUGUCAGGCGAGAACGGUGAAGAAAUCGAAGUUGAGGUUUGGAACCUACCAAAAUAUGCCCUCGCAAGCUUCAUGGCCACAAUCCCUUCCCCUCUGGGUAUCGGUUCUCUUGAAUUGAAGGAUUCGUCUUGGGUACAUGGCUUUGUGUGUGAGCCAUUGGGUCUGGUUGAUGCCACUGACAUCACCAGCCAUGGUGGCUGGAGGGCCUACAGCCGUCAUCUUCAAGACUUGGCCAAGCCUCUAACAAAUGGCUCACGACAAGGACCAAUUUCUACAGUCCUUGUUGCCAACCGAGGCGAGAUUGCAGUUCGAAUCAUCAAAACCAUCCACAAGAUGGGUCUUCGAGCUGUCGCGAUCUAUUCGGAUACCGAUGCUGAAGCGUCCCACGUCAGCGAUGCCGAUGUUGCCUUGAGACUGAAGGGAAGCUCAGUCUCUGAUACCUACCUCAACAUCUCGCAAAUCAUCGAAUUAGCCAAGUCUUCCUCCGUGGAUGCAGUCAUCCCUGGCUAUGGCUUUCUGGCCGAAAACGCCGAUUUCGCCACCGCUGUUGAAGAUGCGGGCAUGAAGUGGGUUGGUCCAACGUCAAAGCAAAUGUCCGACCUAGGAUUGAAGCACCUUGCACGCGCGAUUUCUGCUGAAGCCGGAGUUCCAACUGUCCCAGGGAGCGAGAAUCUACUUACCUCGCUGGAAGACGCCUUGGAGGAAAGUGAGCGUAUUGGCUUUCCGCUGAUGCUGAAGAGUACCGCUGGUGGCGGCGGAAUCGGCUUAAGCCACUGCGAGAACGUAGAGAGUCUGAGAUCGACCUUUGAAAGUGUUCAGCGACAGGCCUCGGCCAAUUUUGGAAACGGAGGUGUGUUCCUGGAGCGCUUUGUUCAGCGCGCCCGACACAUCGAGAUCCAAAUCUUGGGAGAUGGCACGGGACGUGUUAUUGCCGCCGGAGAGCGCGAUUGCUCUCUGCAGCGCCGGCACCAGAAGGUGGUCGAGGAGAGCCCUGCAAUCAUGGUUCCAGAAGACGUGCGGGAAGAGAUGAAGGCUGCCGCUGUGCGCCUCGCUGCUUCGGUAAAGUACCGUAACGUGGGCACUGUCGAGUUCAUUUAUGACAUCGACACACAGAAGUUCUACUUCCUCGAGGUCAACACACGUCUGCAAGUUGAGCAUCCCGUCACUGAAUCCGUGACUGGGCUUGACUUGGUCGAGUGUAUGCUGAACAUUGCCGACGGCAAGGUCGAACACCUCUUUGGUUCCUCCGCCAGCCCUCUGACUCUCCGCGGAGCGUCGAUCGAAGUUCGAUUGUAUGCUGAGAGUCCUCUUCAAUUCUUCCGCCCUUGUGCUGGCCGUAUCACAGAGUUGGAGUUUCCCUCGAGCCUCAGGGUCGAUACUUGGGUCAAGGUCGGUACCGAAAUCACAACUGCCUAUGACCCGUUAGUGGCCAAAAUUAUUGCUUCUGGCGCCGACCGUCGCGAGGCUUUGAAGAACUUGGCAAAGGGACUUGCUGAUACCCGCCUCGAGGGUGUGGAGACGAAUCUGGAAUAUUUGCGCCAGAUCGUCUCGUCCUCUUUGUUCGAAUCCGCCGACUACACCACAAAGUCUCUGGACACGUUCCAGAUUGUGUCACCAUCCUUUGAAGUCCUCCAACCCGGAGCUCUUACCACCGUGCAAGAUUAUCCCGGAAGGGUUGGCUACUGGAGUGUGGGUGUUCCACCUGCAGGUCCGAUGGAUUCUUUCUCUUUCAGACUUGCAAACCGGCUGGUCAACAACUCUUUGGACGCUGCUGGACUUGAGUGCACGUUCCAAGGCCCAUCGCUACGGUUUCACUGCGAUACCAUUGUUGCGGUAACUGGAGGCGAUGCUCCCAUUACUGUUGACGACGAGCCAGUGGCAGCGAAUCAAGCAAUCCGCAUCCGACCGGGCCAGGUCCUGGCCAUCGGAACAGUAGAGUAUGGGUAUCGCGUGUAUCUGGCCGUCGAAGGCGGUAUCCAGGUUCCCGUCGUCAUGGGAAGUCGAUCGACUUUCGAGCUGGGCAAAUUCGGGGGGUUCAGAGGUCGCAAGCUCCACGUCCGAGAUAUCCUACCCAUCAAAUCUCUUGGUUCUUCGGACGACUCGAGUAGGGUUCUUCAAACUGCUCCUCCAAUCCCUAUUCACCGUCAGAGGAAAGCUCUAUGGACUAUUCGGGUCGUCCCCGGCCCUCACGGCGAGCCGGACUUCUUCACCUCUGAUAGCUUCAAGUCGCUCUUCUCGAGCGAGUGGAAGGUUCACCAUAACAGCAACCGCCUAGGGGUGCGGCUAACAGGGCCACAGCCCGAGUGGGCGCGACAGACAGGAGGAGAGGCUGGACUACAUCCGUCUAACAUCCACGAUAGUCCAUACUCGGUCGGUAGCGUAAGCUUCACGGGUGACGAGGCCGUCGUAUUGGCCUGUGACGGUCCUAGUCUCGGAGGAUUUGUGGUUUUCUGCGUCAUUGUGUCAGCCGAUAUGUGGAAGAUGGGCCAGGUCCGACCAGGAGAUACCAUUCAGUUCUCCGUCGUCAGUGUCCAGGACGCUCUCAAGGUGGAGGAGCAGCUGGACCAAGCUAUCGAGAAGCUCAUGCCUCUUCAAACCCCAGAUGCUGUUUCAGAAGACGAAGCGUCCCUGGAUAGGGCGCUCGCCGAAAAUCCGAUUGUGGUCGGUCGUAUUGAUCAAGACGGUCAACAAAUCCUUGUCCGACAAGCAGGAGAUCGCGCUAUGUUGCUGGAAUUUGGAGAAGCGACGGCAUUUGACCUGCGACAAAGCUUUGGAAUCUUUGCGUUCUGCGAACAGCACAACAAGAACCCCAUCCCUGAUGUGGAGGAACUGACUCCGGGAGUCUUCAGCCUCCACGUCGUCUAUGAAUGCGGUGUGACUCCCGAGACCAUGGUGGCUCGCUUGGUCGAGCACAUCAAGUCAUACAAUAUGCCAACCGAAGUCCCGUCACGACUGUUUCACCUCCCGCUCGCCUUCAAUGACACCGUCAACCGAGCAGCCGUUGAGCGGUACUCAGCGACGAUCCGAAGCGAGGCACCGUGGCUACCCAGCAAUAUCGAGUUCUUGGAAAAGCUGAACGGCAUCGAUGACAUCGCCCCUCUGCUAAAAGAUGCGACGUUUCUCGUCCUCGGUCUCGGUGACGUGUUCAUGGGCUCGCCUUGCGCCAUUCCUCUCGAUCCUCGGCAUCGCUUGUUCGGGACAAAGUACAACCCAUCUCGGUCGUUUACGCCUCGGGGCGCUGUGGGUAUUGGCGGACAGUACAUGUGCAUCUAUGCCACGGAUUCCCCGGGAGGAUAUCAGUUAGUAGGACGCACAGUGGAUGUUUGGGACUCACAGCAGGUUGCAGCCAAGCAAGGCAGAAGCAGUGGACAGGUCGAAAGUGCGAGCAAGUCCGACGAGAAUCCCUGGAUGUUUUGUCAGUUUGAUCGUAUCACCUUUUACCACGUCAGUGAAGACGAGUUAGACUCCAAGGCCAAGGACGAGCUCGUUCGUGUGAGCGACGGGGUGUUGGAUCUGGUGCAGUACGAGGCGUGGCUGGAGGAGAACAAAGACGACAUCGCUGCCACGGCUGGCCGCCAAGCCAAAGCCAUCGCGAGCGCACCAUUCGUCGAGGAUUUGUGUCGCCCAUACCAACCCGUCGUCAAAGCCAACGACGCCACGAACGGUCUGGCCUUUGGGGACCCGGACGUCAAAGGAGAACGUGUCACAGCCGCGAUGCCCGGUCGGUGCUACAAAGUCAUAGUGAAGAAGGGUGAUGUCGUCAAGAAGGGCGAUAUACUGCUGUGCUUGGAGUCGAGUAAGAUGGAGGUGGAGAUUCCGAGCCCGACGAGUGGCAGGUGCACGGCUGUGCUUGUGGAAGCGGGUGACUUGGUCGAGGUCAACGAUGGCAUGGUAGUUAUUGAGGAGUGAUGGAGCAAUGGGUUCUAGAGGACCGGAUCUAGAGAGGGGGAGAUGUUUUGGUCAACAACGCGAGACACCAUUUUGUGAGCGCGUCUUUGUGGGCUUGGGAGCAGCCAGGUUUCAUAGCGAGCAUUGUUCACGGAGACUUUAUCGAGUACAACAUGUGGUGAUCAAGAG